AUGGAUGUCAAAAAACGUAACAAAAUUCCGUUAUAUACCUUGUCGGCUGAUUGUGCAAUGCGCACCAUUAGACGUUCUUCCACUUCACCACACAACACAAAAUUGGAUAAAAAUAAAAAAGAAUCGGGCAAAACUAUUAAGUGUCUAUAAGGCAAAUAAACAUCGUGUAUAUGUACUUUUUAAACUAUAUUUCUAUCAAAAAACAACUAUAAUAACCGCUUACUUUCUCACAAUACACAAAAAAUAACAUACCACGCGGACACGUGUAAACGAUACCUGCCAACCGGUAAAGUAUCUCCCGACGUUUGUUUGCGUGUGAUGUAUCUGACAGUUGCUAAUAGAUAG